CUUUCGGCUUUCGCUCGCUAUUUGCGAGUGCGUAUCUCUCUCCUGCGAGCGCAACUUCAAAAUAUCAGGAAUACACUGAAUCACUAGACAGAACCACCCUACUGACUAGAUGGACUUGAAAGAUCCAAAGAACGGGCUCAGUCGUUCAUAGUCUUCUUGGUUUAUCUGUCUGAAAUUGUAGUUCUUGAUUCUUGAGGUUCCUAGCAAUUGAACCUUUUCGUUUCACAAGUCAUGGACGAAGAGACUGAUCAUGAUAAUUGCGGUCGGUUCAAACGAAAAAUCGCUGAGAUAGACAAUGAGAUUCAAGAAAAGCAAGAACUUGCGGAAAGCGAGUCGGAUUUUGUUUCUGAAGUAGUUUUCUCCGAAGUUAUUGAUGAAAAGCAAGAGAUGAUCGUUUCUGAGAUCGAAGAAAAGCAAGAAAUUAUAGAGAAAAAGGCGAGUUCCGUUUCUGAAAGAUCCGGCACUGGUCUUCUGACCGAGACAAUGGAUUCGAUUGGUUGUGAAAACACUGGAGUUUUCUCAGGUGUUGUAGAACCGCAGAAGAUGGUUGCCCAUUUUAUCGAUGACUGCGAGGGAGGUCUCUUGCAAUCCAAAGGUCACAAUAACAGUCUGAGCGAAGAGUGGGUCCAAGAGAAGGGUUCUGUUGCACGAUCUCGCACGGAACCUAUCUUGGAAGAUUGCAAGAUAAGUUUCUUAGCUUCUGAAAAAAAGGGAAAGAUGGUGCAAGACGACGUUGUGUCUAUCUAUCAAUCUCAAUAUCUCGUUGAGGAGGUCAGUAGUUUGAGGAGAUGUCAAAGGAAUCCUGAGAGUCUAUUGGAAGUUAAAGAAACGCAAUAUGUGCUGGAGUCUGAGCUUAAAUCCAUCUCUAAUGCUCAUAACAACGAUGCAAAAAUGAAGGAGAUCAGUCAAGAGCAUGAAAAGUUGGAAAAUGAAGUUCAGGAUACUGAUGAGAAGCUGAACGGUGGGCCUGAGUGUGAAACUUGUGUUUCGGAGGCCAAAGAAGCUCAAGAAUUGAUGGAAAAUGAUGGUUCCAGGACGAAAGAUUUCAAUGGAACUGAGGAGCACAUAGAAAAUUCCUCGUCGAGUAAAGAAAAAGGAGAAACGCCAGACACUCAUCAAACAUCGAUUUCUAAACAUGGACUUGACUGUGUUAAGAUCGCGAGGGUGGUGGUUUUCGGUAAAGGUUCAGAGACAGAUGUGAAAACUGAUGUAAAAGAAGAAACAAGUGGGAAGGAGAAACUUUCCAGGAGAAAACUGAAGGCCAUGAAGAAGGCUUCAGUGAUGAAUGAGACUCGAAGAGUGUUAAAUCUUUGGGCUGAAGUUCGAGAUAUCUGCCCAAUGAAACCGGAUCAAUGUAAGAUUAGUUACUCAAGGAACGAAAUGGAUGCUCUGAGGUUUGUGGAUGUUGAAAGACAGCAGACUAUGUGGAAAGAGAUAUACAACGCUCUGGAGCCUGUUGUGGCGAAGGAGCUUGAUGGCAUGACAAGAUGUAAGCAGCAGACACAGAGGCACAGAAAUGUUGAUAAUCGACAACGUCCUGGAAAGAAGAAAGGGGGUGACGGAAUUCUCCGUGAGUCCUGUCCUCCAAAUACGGAGAAUAAUGAAUACAAAGAGGCAAAUCCUCUAGAUCAAGCUUGUGGUGUCUAUGUUAAUCCCUUGGAUCUUUCUUGUGGAGAUUGUGUUAAUGAUCAAAAUGAUUGCACCAUCAUUCAAGAGGAGACCAUCAUUGAAGAGGUAUUCAAUGAAGAUGAAGACAGUGAGGAUGAGUAUGAAAGCAUCCAUAAACUUGCCUUUUUAGUCGAAGGAGAACCUGAUUUUGACUCUGGCUCCCCUCAAGAUGGUUUUGAAUAUCUUAGACGUGUGAGGUGGGAAGCUGCACAUAUCCCGAAAGUGAAAGUGGCAAAACUUGAUAAGACCAAGCUUAUGAGUGAUCAAACAGUUUAUAUGCCCAAGAUUCCAGAUAUAGCAAAGUGCCCAGAGCACCUUCUGCCAUUGAAAGAGUGGGAGGAUUCUUUCCUUUCUGAUUUUUCAGAGCUUAGAAUGGCUCUGUUGGAUAUUGGAAGUACUAGUAACAGAUACUCUCACUGCAUGCAACCUUUGGUGACUGCAAUUGAAACUACCAGCUUGCAAAAGCAUUGUGAUAGUACUGAUCUUAACAAUUUUGAAGACCUGGAAUUAUUUACGACUAUUGAUGAAGUUGAGACCUGCCAGCAUCUUGGGAGUUUUGGGCCUAAAGGUUCUGAUAACCAGAAACUACUCACACUCUCUGGUGAAGACAACAACUGCCAGCCUCUUGAGAGUUGCAUUCUCAAAACUACAGGUAACCACCACCAGUCAGAUCUAACUGAUGGAGCUCCUACAUUGCCUGCAAUAUUAGGAAUGGACUUCAUAUCUCGAGCUUUGAUGCUUAAGAGUCACAUACACUCGUUAGAAACCAAAAACGGUUUGUCUUGGGAUGAUUGUGCAUGGUUAUUUGCUCUAUGUGCAUCCGUAGAUACUCCUUUUGAUGCUGACAUGUCUGCAUCAAUGCGAAGUUUACUUAGAAAGUGUGCAAGCUUGCGAGCUGGAAAAUCUGAAUCCGAUGACGAGGUUGUGAUGCUGAACAUACUGGUCACGAUUGCUGGGAGGUAUUUUGGGCAGUCAGAAGGGUGAGGCCAAACAUAAAUGGUUAUCUUCAGGUAAAGGCCAUCCUUAUCAAAAAAGUGUUAAUAUAGGCUUGUAAGAUCACUUCAUUAUCUUGGUAUUAGCUUUUUGGACAAGUGAAGAUGAAAAGGAACCCUUUUCUCAAUGAUUUUGCAUGGAAAAUUGGUAUA